AUGCAAACGCAUGUUCGCAUCUUUGAAAGUUCGCAACUUGAAUGUUCGCAUGUGGGGGACUUACUGUAUCUGAACAAUAGUUUAGUCAAAGAGAAACCACUGGAGACUGCCCUCAGCCCACACACCAGCCGGCUCCAUUAUGGCGACCACAGCCCCAGCAUCGUGAUUAGUGGUGAUGAACCAGGUUAUGACCUAGAUUUAUUUUGUAUACCUAAUCAUUAUGCUGAGGAUUUGGAAAAGGUAUUUAUUCCUCAUGGACUAAUUAUAGACAGGACCGAAGGGCUAGCUCAAGAUGUGAUGAAGGAGAUGGGAGGCCGUCACAUCGUGGCCCUCUGUGUGCUCAAGGAGGGCUAUAAAUUCUUUGCUGACCUGCUGGAUUACAUCAAAGCACUGAACAGAAAUAGUGAUAGAUCUAUAUUUAUGACUGUAGAUUUUAUCAGACUGAAAAGCUACUGUAAUGACCAGUCAACAGGUGACAUAAAAAUAAUUGGUGGAGACAGAAAUGAUCUCUCAACUUUAACUGGAAAGAAUGUCUUGAUUGUUGAAGAUACAAUUGACACUGACAAAACAAUGCAAACCUUGCUUUCCUUGGUCAAGCAGCAUAAUCCAAAGAUGGUCAAGGUUGCAAGCUUGCUGGUGAAAAUGACCCCUCAAAGUGUUGGAUAUAGACCAGACUUUGUUGGAUUUGAAAUUCCAGACAAGUUUGUUGUAGGAUAUGCCCUUGACUAUAAUAAAUACUUCCGGGAUUUGAAUCAUGUUUGUGUCAUUAGCGAAACUGGAAAAGCAAAAUACAAAGCCUAA